AUGAUUACGUCAUCAUGUGGAAACUUGGAUAUUUCCAGAUUGAAGGUAUCGACGAAUUCUGAAAAAGAGAGAAAUGAUCAAAUGUUCGAUCAAGACUUGGAUGAUAUUAUUCGAAUGAGUCGGGAAAGUUUAAUCGAUUCAUUCAAGGCAAUGGAAGCUGUUAUUCAACAAAGUCAAUUUUGGGCAAUUUUAAUUGUAGCAGCAAAAUGUUACGGUGAAAUAUUUGCAAAUAUGCCGAUUGGUUAUUUUUUGCUAUCGUUAUUGUUUGAUAAAAAAAUUCCAUCUUUAUUUUUCAUUUAUGUUGUAAUGCCGCUGUUCGCAUAUUUAUUGAAUCAAAAAACUCCAAUGAGCAAAAUAAGCUUAGCAGAACGUCGUUGGCUUAUUUUAGUAUUUUCAUUUUGGGUUGGUGCAACAACGCAUUUCAUUCUGAUUAAUUGGGAUCUCGGCGUAUUUCCACCACCGCCACUGUAUUCACCAACACUUGUAGCAUUGCUUUUUGAGGUACUUUGA